GUGCUGGUUACCACCUUAGCAAAAUAUCGUUCAACACCUAGGGUAUACAUUGGAUGCAUGAAAUCCGGACCGGUUCUAUUUCAGAAAGGGGUGAAGUACUAUGAGGCCGAGCACUGGAAAUUCGGGGAAGAAGGGAACAAGUACUUUAGGCAUGCAACUGGCCAACUCUAUGCCAUCUCCAAAGAUCUGGCUGCCUAUAUCUCC